AAAAGUUUUAAGCGUGCAUAACAUGUUUUUGUUUUGUAAAGUGGAAAGUUCAGUUUUUAUUAUGAUAAAAGUUCAGUUUUCAUUAUGAUAAAUUAUGCUACUUUGAGUACGUCAGUUUUGUGAGCAGAAUGGAGGAAACCUCCCAAAUAAAGAUGGUAUCUCCAAUGAAGUCUGAAAAGCUAGUAAUAUCGGACACUUCACCUGCGGUCGAGGAAACUCCAUUCGAAAAGAGCGCCCUAAGGGAAGUUUCAGCUACUGUGAAACAAGAACCUGUAACGGAUAUCACCGGUGAAGCUGGGACUACAGCAGCUUGUAACGAGAAUACAGUUUUUAGCUCCAGCAAUUCGAUCGGUUUCGAAUUACGUCCUGUCGAUUCUGGUAAUGAUUCACGAAAAAAGAACAUUUGUGAAUUCUGCAACCGACAAUUUACCAAGAGAUGCAAGCUGGAGAGUCAUAGAAGAAUUCACACCGGGGAACGUCCUUUUGCGUGCGAUAUUUGCAGCGAAACGUUCAGCACCGCUAAACGUCUGCGGUACCAUAAAAGUGUUCAUACAGAAGAGCGAAAUUUCGAGUGCGACAUAUGCAAGAAGCGUUUCUUUCUGAAGUCACAAAUCUCGUACCACAUGAUUUUACACCGCACCGCGUGUCCGCAUAAGUGUCAGGUUUGCGGCAAAAUAUCCGCAAGCAGUAGUCAUCUCGUAACACAUAUGCGCAGUCAUAGCGGUGAGCGACCCUUCAAAUGUGACAUCUGUGGCGCAUUAUUCAAGAGAAAUGAUGCGCUAAAACAGCAUUCGAGGAUUCACAAGAUUGUUCCUUUUCCAAGCAACGCGGACAUUACUAUGGAGCCAAACCAUCCUAUUGAAGAAAAACCUUUUUACUGCGACAUUUGUGGUUUAGCAUACAAGUGGGUUCAUAGUUUGAGAGAACACAAAAGGAAGCACACUGCUGUUGAGAGGCUGUAUAAAUGCGAAAUUUGUGGCAAAGGAUUUUCGAAUUCUGAAACGCUCACACGACAUAUGACUUGUCAUACUGAAGAAAGGCUUUUUCAUUGUGAUGUUUGCGGUACAUCCUGUAAGUCAGCUAGUCGUUUGAGGCAUCAUAAGAUAAAACACACCUCAGAGUGGCCGCAUAAAUGCGAAUUUUGUGACAAAAACUUUCUAUUUCGUUACUUAUUAACGCAGCACAUGUCUUGCCACACGGAUGAACGGACUUUUCAAUGCGAUAUUUGUAAUGCAUCAUUUAAGACAGCAAACAGUUUGGGGAUCCAUAAGCAAAAGCACACCUUGGAGAGGUCGCAUCAGUGUGAAAUUUGCGGGAAAAGCUAUCUAUUUCUCAGUCUACUGAAACAGCACAUGCUUUGUCAUACUCAUGAACGGCCUUUCGAGUGCACUGUAUGUAGUCUCUCGUUUAAGUCAGAUCAAAGUCUAAGAAAUCAUGAACGAACGCACAAGCGUGAGCACAAAUGUUCGGUUUGUGAAAAAGGAUUUCCUUAUCCUUCAUUCCUCGUAAGACACAUGUUAUGUCAUAAGCGGUGAUUGGAUCAAACUGUCUUUUGAAUAUCCACAAGCGGAGGUCACAUUUGGAGUGUCAGUUCGAAUGGUCGUAAUGCGAGAUACGGUUUGCAUUAAGACAAAAUCGUUGGGUACAAAACGUUUUUAUUCAGAAGAACCACCUUACGAAUGCUUUAUUUGCGGUUCGACAUACACCUCACAGUGGUGCGUAACGGUAUCACCACAGAAAAUGCAAUAGCCAAGAUUAUUCACAAACAAAAAUUCCAACUGGCAAGAAGUAUAAUAAAGGCAAUUUAAGAAAAUAACAAAA